AGCGGCAGAUCGCAAGGCAGACGCACGGAGGGCUCCCCAGGAGGGCCCUGGCGCGGGGCGAAGUCCCUAGGCUGCCCCGGUGGCGGAGCGCAGAGGCUGCUGUCACCAUGAGCCACCUCUUCAGUCCCCCGCUGGCCGCUCUUACUGCCUCGCCGUUGCUGUAUGUGUACAGCCCCGAGAGGCCCGGGCUGCCCCUGGCCUUCACCCCUGCCGCUGCGCUGGCCGGCCCUGGCCGCGCCGAGCCCCCGCAGAAGCCGCCCUACAGCUACAUCGCGCUCAUCGCCAUGGCGAUCCAGGACGCGCCCGAGCAGAGGGUUACACUGAAUGGCAUCUACCAGUUCAUCAUGGACCGUUUCCCCUUCUACCACGACAACCGCCAGGGUUGGCAGAACAGCAUCCGCCACAACCUGUCGCUCAACGAGUGCUUCGUGAAGGUGCCGCGUGAGAAGGGGCGGCCCGGCAAGGGUAGCUACUGGACACUGGACCCUCGCUGUCUGGACAUGUUCGAGAACGGCAACUACCGGCGCAGGAAAAGGAAGCCCAAACCCGCCGCGGGUUCCCCGGAGGCCAAGCGCACCCGGGCGGAGCAGCCGGAGCAGCCGGAGGCUGAAGUGGGCUGCAACUCAGGGUGUCCGGGCCUGGUUACUGCACGCCCUCCGCGCGCACCGGAUCGUGCUCAGUCCCCGACGGGAGGCACCGCGCGGCCCGCGCUCCUUCCCUGGUUCCGCCCCGAGCCCUGGGACCCCGACGCGGACCGCACAGCCCAGGGCGCGGGGGCAGCGGCGGGUGGCCAGCGUGAGCGCACUGUGCACCGCCCGGGAUCCCCUCUGCGCCCCGCCCCCAGCGGCUCCCCCAAGGGUUCCAAGUCUAAGAGCUUCAGCAUCGACAGCAUCUUGGCCGGGAGACCAAAGCCGGCCUCAGGGGCAGAGGCCUCGGGGGUCCCAAAGUCCGUGCCGGGCUUGCUGGGCGCCUCGCUGCUGGCCUCCUCAUCCAGCCUACCACCUCCCUUCAACGCUUCGCUAGUGUUCGACCCGCACGUCCAGGGCGGCUUUUCCCAGCUGGGAAUCCCCUUCCUUUCCUAUUUCCCUCUGCAGGUCCCCGAAGCCGCCGUGCUUCGCUUCCAAUAAGGCGGAUCAGCAGCUGCUUCCCCGCCCCGCGAACCCCCACCUCCAGCCAGCAAAGGCUGCGGCUAUCGGGCAACAGCUUGCCUGCGGGUGAACGGGUGUAGAAGUAACCUAGGUUUCUGCCCUGGCGACUGUGUGUUUAGAACAGCGUACCCACUCCGGCCAAACUCGGUGCACUGCGGGGUCGUGUUGGUCUGCCUUCUCCGAAGAUGACUUAACCAGCGGUGGGAAGCUUUGCAGACUUAAAAGAGGACGUGAUCACAGCCCACUCAACACUAACAAUCACCAGCGGAACCCCGUUGGCCCGUUGGGUCGCUGGUGUUUUUAAAAUAGCCUGACCCUCUUUGCCCACCACAGGUCCUCAUUAGGACCCGAGUCUCCUGCUGAACCCGAGGGCAAGACUUAUAGGCAUAGCAUACAUUUCUACACGGAAAUUCCACUGGACCGUGGACAGCUCAGUGGAUUCCUUGUGACCCAGGCCUUGGCUAUGACCUCUUUGGAUGAUGGGAGCUUGCAUCCAGAAUGCAGGGAUCCGUGGUUCCCAGGGUGUGGGAGAGAUGUAGGCCUGGUUACCAUUCACAACUAAGGCUAAGAGAAGCAGGCAGAGCAGCAAUGCUCAAUAUGAAGAGACAAACCUUCCUCUACACUAAAAGGAUGUUUGUUCUUGGCUUUUGAACCAGGCUCCUCUCACUUGGCUAUUGGCUUCUUUCAAAGCACCCAUAUUUGGCCGGCACUCAUGGCUUAGCGUGGCACACCAGUACCUUCCGCAGCAGCAUAGCCCUCUGUUAGUUUGUGCUUUUUCUUUUUAAGGGACCAAACGAUUUCAGGGGACACAGGAGGGCAUGUGUGGAGUUAAUACGCCUCAAGGUCAGAAUUUUUAUUUCUGUAGUUUUUCAAGAUCUAACUUCCUUUUUUUUCUCUCUCUCUCCGUUUUCCAGACUCACAUAGUAAAGGACACCAUGUAAUCAGAAAGGCUGGGGGAGCAAGCACACUCCUGUCUGAUCUGGGACAGAAGUGCCUCUACAUGGCACAGCCUCCAGGCGACACUGAGGCACCCCAAGUCAGUGUUCCCUCCAGGAGACUCUAGAUCCUGACAUUAAAUAAACACAUAGGGGUGACCAGAUGUUGGGAGGGUACCAACAAUGAUCUGACUAAGACAAUUGAGCUGGUUACAGUUCAGUUCAGCUUCCAGCUUGGGGGGAAACUGGUAGACCUUCAUGGUGCCUGUGUUUUAGCUCUCUGACGGGUUCUUGAAGUUUGACUUCCUGAGGAACUAAAGAACUAUCUUUUAUCUGGGGGUAAGAAAGGUACAAAAAUGAAGGAUUCUUGGGCAUAGGCCCUGAGCGAAGUCUCACAACCACCAAGGUGUGCCACGUCACAUCUGUAAUCUCAGUACUCGGGAGGCUGAGGCAAGAGGAUUGCUGUGAGUUUCAGGCUAGCCUGUGCUACAGAGUUAGACCUGUUACUAACAGAAACCAAACAGACAAUCACAGACAAGUCUCAGGACUUGUGCAAAAAUGCCUAAGAACUCUCAAGUCCCCUGCUGGUCAGUGGUGGGAAAAGCAUUUUGGGCAGGAGGGAUACUGUCUGGUUGUCAAGAGAGUCGGAUCUCUUACAACAAUUCAGUCCUACAGUCCAAUCUGGGUCCCACCAGGUCUGUGUGGAGAUGGGGAAGGGUGUUCAGCGGCUCUAGCUGAAGGCCUUUGCUGGGACCUCACCGUGGAUUCAGGUGGCUGGGACUGAACAGAACGCAGCAGGCAGGCUGCCAUUGGAUG